AAAUGUCUGCACAAUCCACUUUUAGUGUCAUUACUGUUGAGCUUAACAAAUGGUAAUUGCUUCCUUUCUAGCUCUAGCUCUGUUUUAUCCAACUUGUAUAAAUAUUUUAGCACUGAUAAUAUUGCCUGCCCAUUAUGUAAAUGAUUGUGCACUAAAAAUUCAAUUGUAACAUAUACAGUCAUUUGACCAACUGAUGUUCUUCUGUUAUGAUGUAACACUUCAUUUUGUGUCUUCCAAUGCCAUGCCCAACUCGCUUGGAAGGAAAUGCGUAGCGCAAGAAGCCGUAUGUCUUUGCUUUAUCGGUUGUCAGACACCCCUUAACUAUAAUUGUGCACCCAAACAAAUGUUCGCGCCUCCAUUGAACAUGUGGAAGUUGCUAAGUUUUUUGUUAUUUUCAGGUACUGGAGCACAACGGUGAGUCUGGAUUUUGAUUGAGUCAGGAGGGUUUAGACGCCACCAGUCAAAAUCUAAAACGAAAAUGACAGUUCAAAGAGUGAGCAGCACUGUUACGGUAUAUAAAAUAUGGUAUCAUCUUCAGGAGCAUAAUUCCAUAAAAUUCUCUAAUUCUGCUACGUUAUAUAAUCUUUACGUGAUAGUACAUCCAGUAGUCCUUUUGGUCAGCAGAGCUAUGGAAAACAAUCAGUCACAGAGGACACAGGUCAUAUGGACAAAAGCCAUCAUUCUACCACUAAUGCAAAAAGACAAUGAAUCCCUGUUUAGUGGAGUUUAAUAAAUUGAAACAGAUGCACUUUCAUCAUGUAUUAUUUAUAUGGCACAUAUUAAAUAAAGAUGCCUUGGUGUCUACUCAGUUUGUUCUUUCUGCUGUGUACCAAAUAACUUUGUUCCCAAUAAAUAAUUCAAUAGUCUGACACUAUAAAUUGGGUCAGGACUGUUAUUUGUACUUACUAUUGCUAUUGUAUCAUCACAAGUCGCAAAUGGUUAAAUGAGAUAGCCAGCAUUCCUGCAGUGUACGGUGCUGUAACACUCAGAGUAGUUUAUGCACUUAAUGACAAAUUACAGUCCAAAGCUAUACAGGAAAUAUUACAUAAUAGUAAUGGGAACACUUGGUACACCCCUGGGAUUUAUUAGAAGAUUCCUUGAUUUGGAGACCAAAAAAGUAGCUUUCAUUUAACAAUUCAUGCAGUUUUCAGUAACAAUGGCUCCAUCAGCAUGGCUUUAGUUAAAAAGAGUCCACAACGGUCAUAAUUAUUCAGGUACCCUCUCACUGCUGUAUGUAAUACACUUGAAUGGUGUCAACCUUUUGUCUGUUUUCAGUUAAAUUUUGUCAAUCAAUUCUGAUACGUGAUGUUGACAGUGUUUUUUUUUCUUCACAAAUUGCACCUGAGAUUAGCAGCUGUAGUAGACAUACAUUUUGAAGGAUAAAACAGAAGUCCUAAAAUUAUUAUCGUACAGCAAUUAUUUUCAACUGUGUUAAAUACAAACCUGUAACGAUGGUGCAACGGAUUCCUUGCAAAACAUCAAGUCUUGAACUGCAGCUUCUAACUUCAGCCCAAAUGUCUAUUUUCUUUUCUAUCGCUCAUUAGUUUUACCUUAUUUUGUCUUUAUUUAACUUCCUUCUUUAACAAAAGCAAAAUCAGCAUCAGUGGAGCCUCUCCAUGUGGCCAUAAGUAUCUUUUUAAACUUUGAAUUAUGAUACGCAUGACCUUGACUUUUGUGGUGCCUCACCACUUUUUUUCUUACCGGCGGGCGACGUUGAUUGAUCUUGAUUGUUUUGCUUUAUUUAUUUAAUAUGACAUUUAUACAAGGGGUGGGCAGGCAAGUGUUCUUUCAAAAUGGGUGUCACCAGUAGCAGGGACAGUGAGGGGGGGAAAAAAGAGGGAAAAGGGAUUUAAGCAAAGGGAAAUGUAGCUGCAGCUAAACACCUUGAGGUGGCUUUUUUUACUCUCUCUGUGUUUCCCCUAUUUUUCUCUUCUCCUCAUGUCAUUGUGUUCUGCAUCAACCCCUUUACAUCCCUCAGAGCUUCGAGAAGUCCGACGGGUGCCUCCUCGCUUCUCCAUUCCACCAACGAGUCAAGAAAUUAUGCCUGGUGGGAGUGUGAACAUAACAUGUGUGGCAGUGGGGUCCCCGAUGCCUUACGUCAAGUGGAUGUUGAAUUCAGAGGACUUGACGCCAGAGGAUGAGAUGCCUGUGGGUAGGAAUGUUCUUGAACUGAGCGGCGUCCGUGAGUCAGCCAACUACACCUGUGUGGCCAUGAGCAGCCUUGGUAUCAUUGAAGCUGUGGCACAGAUCACUGUCAAAUCUCUUCCGAAGCCUCCAGGUACUCCUGUGGUUACUGAAACCACGGCCACUAGUGUGACUAUCACCUGGGACUCUGGCAACCCUGACCCAGUAACUUACUAUAUCAUCCAGUAUCGUGCUAAGUCCCCAGAAAGCAAGUAUGAGACAGUGGACGACAUCACCACUACACGUUAUAGCAUUGGUGGCCUCUACCCCAACACAGAGUAUGAAAUUCGAGUCUCAGCCGUCAACACAAUUGGUCAAGGGCCUCCCAGUGAACCUGUGGAAACCAGAACUGGCGAACAAGCACCUGCCAGUCCACCUCGUAACAUUCAGGCCCAGAUUAUAUCCCAAAACACCAUGAUGGUACGCUGGGAAGAUCCAGAGGAACCAAAUGGGCAGAUUAAGGGCUAUCGGGUUUAUUACACCAUGGAUGACUCCCAGCCUAUGAGCCUCUGGCAGAUUCAUAAUGUCCAGGACAGCAUUAUCACCACAAUUCAGAGCCUGGUUCCUCAAGAGACCUAUGCCAUCAAAGUCCUAGCGUUUACCUCAGUAGGUGAUGGGCCUUUCUCAGAGCCAAUCCACGUGAAAGUGCUGCAAGGAGUUCCUGGCCAGCCAUCCAAAUUUCAGGUUGGGGAUAUAUCUGAUACCAGCAUUGAAUUGAUCUGGGAACCAGCCUUUGACAAAGAAGGAAUUAUAAGUUAUGAACUUCGCUACACCGAGGGGAGUUUUGGCUCUCAGAUCAAGAAAACAUUUGGACCUACAUCUUCAUACAUUGUGGAAGGUCUCCGACCAAACACGGAGUAUCACUUCUCCCUGGCAGCUAUUUCUAACAAGGGCAUUGGAGCAUUCACCAAUGACAUGUCACAGAAGACCUUGCAAGCCAAGCCCUCAGCCCCCCCUCAAGACAUUAAGUGUAGCAGCACCAGCUCCACCACAUUGCUGGUAAGUUGGCGCCCCCCGCCAUUGAAGAGUCAGAAUGGUCUCCUGGCGGGGUAUAGGGUGCACUACCAGGUGGCGGAACAGUCAGAGGGUGUUGGUGACUAUGUGGAGCCAAUGGAGGAGCCAACCGUGCCUGCCACUGAAGAGCAGGUGCUGCUGCAGCGGUUGGAUAAAUGGACCCAGUAUCGCAUCACUGUGUCUGCUUUCACAGUUGUUGGGCCGGGCCCUGAAAGCGAGCCGUUAAUCUGCCGGACCGAUGAAGACGUUCCUGGCAGCCCCCCAAGGCGAGUGGAGGUGGAGGUUUUAAACUCAACUGCGCUUAAAGUGAUGUGGCGUUCACUGAUGCCAGGAAAGCAGCACGGUCAGAUCCGUGGCUAUCAGGUCCACUAUGUUCGUGUGGAGAAUGGAGAGUCCAGGGGCCUGCCCCUCAUCAAGGAUGUCAUGCUGGCUGAUGCCCAGUGGGAAACGGACGAUACAGCUGAAUAUGAGAUGGUUAUUGGAGGGCUCAAGCCAGACACCACUUACUCCAUCACCGUGGCAGCAUACACAACCAAAGGUGAUGGAGCACGGAGCAAACCUAAACUGGUGGUGACCAAAGGUGCAGUACCUGGUCGACCCAUUUUGACAGUGACCCAGGAGUCAGAAACAUCUGCUCUGGUUCACUGGGACCCACCAGACCUGAAAAAUGGAAUGGACCUCCAAGGUUACAGGCUCCAGUUUGGUCGUAAAGAUUUAUCACCUUUGGCUACACUAGAGUUUUCGCCCCAAGAACGGCAAUACUCCUUGGGCAACGUUCACCGGGGGGCCACCUACCUAUUUAAACUCUCUGCCAAAAGCAGAGGGGGCUUUGGGGAGGAAGCUGUUGUGGAACUCUGUGUACCAGAGAAUACACCAGGGGGAUAUCCCCAAAUGAAUGAAGGUUCUAAUGUGACGUGUUGCUCAGUGCAGCUGUCCUGGUUACCACCAGUGCUGGCAGAAAGGAACGGUGUAAUCACAGAGUACACUUUAGCCUAUAAGGAAGCUGGUUCUGGAGCAUCACCGCAGGAGCUCCACUUGCCUCCCAACCUGUCCAGCUACGUGCUCAACAGCCUCAAACCAAACUCAGCAUACGAUGUGAAAAUUCGUGCACACACCAUUGUAGGUCCUGGGCCCUACAGCCCACCUAUCCAGUAUCGGACAGUGGCCUAUGAUCCAACAGAUGUUCCAAAGAAUUUUACCAUCAAGUGGGCUACCAAGACCACAGUGGUCCUUGCAUGGAAGUUUUCUGAAAGCAGAUCCGCAUACAAAUGCACGAUUGAAUACAACGGACAGAAGAUGGACGUCGAUGCAAGGAAGCUAAAGGUCAUUGUUACUGGGCUGAGGCACAAUACCACCUAUGACUUCAGAGUGACCUGCCAAGAAAGCAUGGAUGGUGGGCCGAGACACCGUGUUGUGGCCAGGACUGCACCCCUGAUUCUAGUCAAGAAACCGAAGCUAGACAUCUACGCAGAGCCUAACAAUAUUCUCACCAUGUCCUUCCCACCAGUCAAUAGCAAGGAUGUCAAGGCUUUCUAUGUGGUUGUGGUGCCAUUGAAGAGAACCACGGGGACUGUCAAAAAUCUCAAGACUCCUGAUGAGAUGGACAUGGAAGAGCUGUUGCGGGAGGUGACCCCCAAGCGCCGGUCACGUCGUCAGCUGGGCCAGUUGGACCAGUGGAAGCCUUACAUCACUGCCUGCUUCCGGCAACUUCCCUCCAGCUUCACUGUGGGCUCCGACCAUCGGCAGAGCAGCUGUGAGAACAAGGCUCUUGAACCUGGCCAGGAGUAUGUCUUCUUCCUCAUGGCAGAGCUUAACACUACUGCCGGCAAAAUGUUUGCAACAAGUCCAUACACUGACACAGUGUUGACUCCUGAGCAAGUGGAUGACCCACAGCCAAUAGAAACUGGCGGUGAUGGGCUGAUUUGGGUGGUGGGCCCAGUCCUGGCCGUGGUUUUCAUCAUCUGCAUUGUCAUCGCAAUCCUCCUGUAUAAAAACAAACCUGACAGUCGCAAGAGAAAGGAGUCAGAACCACGCACAAAAUGUCUGCUGAACAACGCAGACAUCACACCACACCAUCCUACCGACCCUGUGGAAAUGAGACGAAUAAACUUCCAAACACCAGGUAUGAUGAAUCACCCUCCCAUUCCCAUCUCCGAACUGGCUGAGCACACAGAGCUUCUCAAAGCCAACGACAACCUGAAACUCUCCCAAGAAUAUGAGUCUAUCGAUCCAGGCCAGCAGUUCACUUGGGAACACUCCAACCUGGAGGUGAACAAGCCCAAAAAUCGUUACGCCAAUGUCAUUGCCUACGACCACUCCCGUGUCAUCCUGGCUCCCAUUGAGGGGAUCACAGGAAGCGACUACAUCAAUUCCAACUACAUUGAUGGCUAUAGGAAGCAGAAUGCAUACAUUGCCACCCAGGGUCCUUUACCAGAAACCUUUGGGGACUUCUGGAGGAUGGUGUGGGAGCAAAGAGCAGCCACUGUGGUUAUGAUGACCAGACUGGAGGAGAAGUCACGGAUAAAAUGUGACCAGUACUGGCCCAGUCGUGGUACAGAAACGUAUGGUAUGACCCAAGUGACCCUGUUGGACACCAUAGAAUUGGCCACUUUCUGUGUGCGCACCUUCUCCUUGCACAAGAAUGGAUCCAGUGAGAAACGCGAGGUUCGCCAGUUCCAGUUCACAGCGUGGCCAGACCAUGGUGUGCCAGAAUACCCGACCCCCUUCUUGGCCUUCUUACGUAGGGUCAAGACCUGCAACCCACCUGAUGCUGGACCCAUCAUCGCCCACUGCAGUGCUGGUGUUGGUCGGACAGGUUGUUUCAUUGUCAUCGACGCCAUGCUCGAGAGAAUCAAGCACGAGAAAACUGUUGACAUUUACGGCCACGUGACACUGAUGCGCUCACAGCGGAACUACAUGGUGCAGACAGAGGACCAGUACAGCUUCAUUCAUGAUGCAUUGCUAGAGGCGGUGGCCUGUGGCAACACUGAGGUGGCAGCUCGUAGCCUCUACUCCUACAUUCAGAAGCUGGCCCAGGUGGAAACUGGCGAGCACGUUACUGGCAUGGAGCUUGAAUUCAAGCGUUUGGCCAACUCCAAAGCCCACACGUCACGUUUCAUCAGUGCCAACCUACCCUGCAACAAGUUCAAGAAUCGCCUGGUCAACAUCAUGCCCUAUGAGACCACGCGUGUCUGCCUGCAGCCAAUCAGAGGCCUGGAAGGAUCCGACUACAUUAAUUCUAGCUUUAUUGAUGGAUACAGGCAACAGAAAGCCUACAUUGCAACACAGGGCCCUCUGGCAGAAACUACAGAGGACUUCUGGAGAAUGCUCUGGGAGAACAACUCCACCAUUGUAGUCAUGUUGACCAAACUGAGAGAGAUGGGAAGGGAAAAGUGUCACCAGUAUUGGCCAGCAGAGCGCUCUGCUAGGUAUCAGUACUUUGUGGUGGACCCCAUGGCUGAGUACAACAUGCCUCAGUACAUCCUUCGAGAGUUCAAGGUCACAGAUGCCAGGGAUGGCCAAUCCAGGACAGUAAGGCAGUUCCAGUUUACUGACUGGCCAGAGCAAGGCGUUCCCAAAUCUGGCGAGGGCUUCAUUGAUUUUAUUGGCCAGGUGCAUAAAACCAAGGAGCAGUUUGGACAGGAUGGACCAAUCUCUGUCCACUGCAGUGCUGGUGUGGGCAGGACUGGCGUCUUUAUCACCCUCAGUAUCGUCCUGGAGCGAAUGCGUUACGAAGGCGUCGUUGAUAUCUUCCAGACAGUGAAGAUGCUCCGGACACAGAGACCAGCAAUGGUCCAAACUGAGGAUGAGUACCAGUUCUGCUAUCACGCCGCUCUGGAGUACUUAGGAAGCUUUGAUCACUAUGCAACGUAAAAGCCAUCUCUUUCCCCGAUGAGUCCUGUCACCCCCUCAACAGUCCCCUGAGCCAUAGAAACUUGAAUUUUGAAACAUUGGUGUCACAGCAGUGACACCACUCUUCAUUCUGACACAUCAAACCAAGAUACCAGAUUUUUGACACCACUCCAACCUGAAUAAUUCCAAUUGGGCCAAGUUAGCUCAGACUCCACAGUCAAGAAAAGAAGACCGUCAUCAGGAGCGGAAACCAGAAGCAUUGGCUUAAGCUGUGGGGGCGAUCCAAGUAUCCGACUUCUUACCUUACCUCAAGUGUUUCCAUACAGACAUUGUAAACAGUCACUGAAAUGUCACACAACAGAUGAAGUGCAAGGCAAAAAUAUCAAUCAGAUGGCUGUAGCUAAGAUGGAGUGACUUUCUUUCAUGAUUUUUGAUAUUCCUGGAUGUAAAGGAAGUAUUUUUCCCCUCUCCAUAAUAUUUUGUGAGUGAUAUUCAGAGAAAUGACCAAAUCAUGUUUGCCCGUAUGACUAGCGGAAUGGGUGGUUCGCUCUCCCAAACUCUUGUCAACCGAAAGCUCGGUGAGAGCAUUAUCGGAUCAGCAAAGAGACAGACACGCUAAUGAUGAGUUUGUUUGGAGACACUGUGACAGUACAUCUCACAUCACAUGAUCAGAAGAGAAAUUGUCGGGACGAAAGCAACAUCAAAUAGCUUCAGAUGGAUUCUCCCACCAAUCUGAACCUCUUCUGCGAGUCACUUGAGAGCUGUGGAAAGCUGUGCCUGGGAAAAGAAGUAAUGACUUGGUCCUCUGUGACCCCCAAUUAUUAUUAUUUUUUUGUAUUAUUUUUUUUUUUACCAGCUUUGGGUUAGCAAUCUGUUAGAAGGCAUACAUCUGGUGAGAAACCUUGGAACAAAUGGAUACACCAGACAAAGAUGGGCCACAAAGCCUUUCUUUGUCUACAGUGACGAAACCUCAUCAUCGAUAUUUCAAUGUUUUUUUCUUUUAGUUUUCUUUCCAAACCAAACAUGCUGCUUAUCUCACGUACGUGUGACUCUUAAAGUAGGUUUCAUUUCAAAAGACGCAAACACAUUGAGCCUGUUUCAAUUACAAAACCGAGUAUUUGAAACAUUUCCUUUAACAUCCACUGUACGCUCAUUUGUUGGAUUAAAAAGCGCUUUACUUUGAACCCUUAUUACUCUGUGGGUAACAAAACAGAGCUUGUUAGCUCUCAAUGCUGCGAGGAAAAUCUUCGGUACAAGUAACUUGCACAUCCUUAAGAAAAAGAACUUAAAGUCCUCCGCCAAAAAAACUGCAGGUUGGAUUUGACACACUAAUUCAAAUGUGCUUCAUGAAGAUCAGCUCAGCGGGCUUUUAUUUUGACGCAUCAAUGCUUUGGUAUGCGCUUCUUUGGAUUCUGGGAAAGGUUUCCAAAAGAUGUGCACAAAACAAAACAAAACCAGAGCGGUGGACAGAACUGUGUGUAAUCCUUUUGUAUUUCCAAAAAGCCUUAUUGUUAUUGUAACAUUAUGAAAACAUCAGUGUUGUAUUAUGAUGACUUAUUUUGCAUUAAAUAGUUAACUUUUUCUUUUCUUUUUUUAACAGAUGUUGAAUCGCAUUUUCUAAAAAACAAAACAAAAAAGAGAAGUGCUUAUUUGUUCAUAUUAUGUUCAAAGACAUUCUAUUUUUUCACUGUAGAAAUCUUCAGUAUGUCUGUGUAUGUGUGCAUAUAUAUGCAUAUAUACUGCACGCUCACACAUUCAUACAGUGGGUACGGAAAGUAUUCAGACCCCCUUAAAUUUUUCACUCUUUGUUAUAUUGCAGCCAUUUGCUAAAAUCAUUUAAGUUCUUUUUUUUCCUCAUUAAUGUACAGACAGCACCCCAUAUUGACAGAAAAAAAACAGAGUUGUUGAAAUUUUUGCAGAUUUAUUAAAAAAAUAAAAACUGAAAUAUCACAAAGCCAUAAGUAUUCAGACCCUUGCUCAGUAUUUAGUAGAAGCACCAUUUUGAGCUAAGACAGCCAUGAGUCUUUUUGGGAAUGAUGCAACAAGUUUUUCACACCAUGAUUUGGGGAUCCUCUGCCUUUUUUUCUGUCAAUAUGGGGUGUUGUGUGUACAUUAAUGAGGAAAAAAAAUGAAUUAAAAUUAUUUUAGCAAAUGACUGCAAUAUAGCAAAGAGGGAACAAUUUAAAGGGGUCUGAAUACUUUCCAUACCCACUGUAUAUAUUUAAAUGCAGACUAUAAAAAUAUAUCCAUCUUAGUAUGAAUCACUAAUUUUUUUUUCUUGCCCUACCAGCCCAUUGCUUGAAGAUAUGAUGACUUCCUUUUUUCAUGUUCCAUUUUAGCUUUGAUUAUUUAAACCCACUAACAUUGUGUGUCUUGCAAAGGCAACAAACCUUUACUUUGCGUCGUUUGGAUCCUCAUUCUGCUGCCGAUGAGGAUAUGCAUUGCAGGUUAAUUUUAAAUGGAAUUCUGCUUUAUCAUUAAUUUUGUACACAUUAGUAUUUUCUUUUUUUUUUUUUUUUUUUGCAGCUGAAGAGAGAUCGGUCCACAUAAUAUCUAACAAAUAGAAAAAGUAUAUUAUAUUUUUGUUGUUAUCUGAAUUAGCCAAAUUUGACAUACUGUUCUUGGUAUGAUCAUGUACAGGCUAUGACCCUUGGUUUUUAAAAACAUGUAUGUCCUUUGUAUGUUCUUUUUGUACUUACUUAUUACUUUCCAACAUAAUGUGGUAAUUAUUUUUUGUUACAUAUACGCAACAAUCUACAUGUAAAUAAAAAAAUACAUAGAAUAUAUGUAUUUGUAAGUCAUUUGACCCUCAAGAGCUUAAACGAUGCAUUGGAACAGUUCAAGGAGUUGCUUAUUGCCAACUUGAUGUUGGUUUAAUUUCCCUCUCUGUGAAAGAACUUUCUCCAAUCCUGCUCCCUAGCCUUUAACAGGUACCGGUUGUUCUUUUUUUACAUUUUAUUUUCUUUUUACAGUCCAAACUGGAAGCACCUGGUCACACACCUCAAUUAGGGCACAAAAGAAGGCAGAUGUGCUUGUCAUUCCACAAUUUCCCCCAUGAAUCUCAGUUAUAGUUCAGUUGCCAGAUGCAUAAAUAUAAACCACAUAUAGUUUGAUUGCAAUGUGACAAGUACUUUCCUAAAAGUGUUUUUAGACAUUCUAUGUGCAGCAUUGUUUUGCUUUUUUUAAUGGGAUGCAAAAAUAAAUCAGGAGCAGAGGGAAACAAAUGACAGCAGAAGCGAGACAACCAAAAACUUGCUGCAAAGUCACAUUCCCAACACGCUGUUAGAAUAGCUGGAACUUUGACGUGUUUCAUCAAGACCAAAAUCCAUGUUGUGGAAUUGAUGGGGAGCACCCAUGCCAAAACUAUAACUGUGGAGGUCUUCAGAAGCUUGUGCAAUAGAGCAUUUCUGACUCCGUUUCAACACCUGCCACAAUCAUUAUGUCACAGAAUAUCUGGGGUGGGAAGAACAGAAAAUAAAGACACUAUCAAAAGAAUCAAGCAUUAUUCACUACAUACAGACUGAAUGAUCAAGAACUUCAAGCUCGUUUUCAUUUAUAAGAGGGCCAAGUGCUGUCAUUUUCAAACUGUUACAUCUAACUGAAACAUGAUUGCUUUAAAGCCACUGUGUAUGUAGAUAUGUUGACUUUGUAUUAAAGAAAUGUUGUCUGAAAA